AUGUACGCAAUAAUGCUACCAAUGACGAUUGUGCUUUGGUUAGUGACGAAAACAGAAGGGACAGACAUUGUGGGCGGAGCCAACCGCCAGGAACACGCGGCUUUGUGCAAAUUCGUGGCGAUGGCACCGCGCGAAGUAGAGAUACCGACCAUACCGGCUAUGCCAGAAGACGACCUGGACUACAUACACAUGGUAAAUUUUUCAGCAGCAACAGGAUCUUGGCAAGAAAUGUUUUACAGCGACAAAGCUGCGAAGAAAACGCACGAUAACCCAAAAUCAGCGGGCCAGGAUGGCAGAGGGUUUGAAGAAAACUGGCCUCGGUGGACAAAGAUCGCCGCCAAAAAACUGGAAGCAACGACGGGGGGACAAAAAAACCAGGCGGGCAUAAUGGAACUAACCGAAGACCAAGAAACUCUAGCCCGGGAUCACUUAAAGCACAUUAGAACAAGAGCGCACGAGCUGGCGAAAGAAUUGCAGAGCAUACAACCACCGUCCGACGCACCCAAGGAUAACACGGCAAAAGAAACCAUAGCAACAGCCGUAUACGGAGAAAAUGCAAAGCCAGCAAGCAACCCAGACCCAUCAAAGGUUUUUACAGGCACAACAACAGGCACAAGGGACUCGGUAUGCAAAGCUGCAGGCGGCAACGGCAACCCGGCAACAGCCCUGGAAGCCCUCACAUGCGUCUGCUUUAGAGGCACAAACAAUGUAGACCCAGCAGUUUGCGUACAGGCGGCCGACGGCGGCACCUGGGAAGCCGCCAGCACAUUCGCGACCGGGGUAACGGCAGCGAACCUAGGCAAGCUAGCAAAAUCAUGUCCGUUUGACGCAGGACAAAUAACCGGCACAGAAAUACUAGCCGCCAUAGCUAACCUCAACGACCUCAUACACAAAGACACCAGCAACGCAUACCUAGGACAGUUCGCAAGCUCGAAAUGUGACGGCAACAAAGCGCAAGGCGUAUGCUUAGAGUUCAGCGGCUUCGCAAGCAAGGCACAGCCUAUAGUAGAACAACUAACCUGGAUACCCCCGCUAAAAAACCUAGCGCUAGGCCUUCAAACACUUGAAAGCAACAAGCAACGCGGAUUACAGAUAAUAGAACAGAUCAAAAAACUAAAGAAAGAUGCAGUUGUUAUUGUAGACUCGGCAAAAGCUACGGCCGCUGCACUUGAGAAAAUCAAAGGAGGAACUCAAAAACAGCAUACAAUAGGGCAGACGACGACCAACUGUAGCACUCACACAACAAACCAGACUUGCAUCAAAGCUAACUGCAAAUGGGAAGAAAAAGAUGGAAAGGGGGAAUGCAAAUCUAAACCAGGAUCGGCAACACCGGAAACAGCAGGAACAGAAGGCACAACAAAAGAGGGGGGAACAACUGCAGCUUGGUGCACAGGGCACAAAGAUAAAACCGCUUGUGAAAAUGACAAAACAGGCGACAAGCAAAAUUGUGCAUGGAGAAAGGGUAAGGAGGGUGAAACAGAUGAGCCUGAAAAGGAAAAGUGCAGAAAUGGUAGUUUUCUAGUAAACAAGAAAUUCGCCCUCGGCGUGGCUUCUGCUGCAUUUGCGGCCUUGCUUUUCUAA